AUGUAUUUUGAGCGCUCUCCACUCGAUGUCGCAUCAGUCGGGUUUCUGCGCUUGCCGGUGUUGGGUGUGUUACUCUCGACUCGAGUUCACUGUGAUUUAUUAAUUAAUUAUUUAAACAAUUUAAUCGAGCUCAUUCCAAAUAUGGCUAAGACAGAGAAGUCGUUCCCAAGAAACUUUACAGGUUGCCUAACAUGCGUCCAAGUACUGAACAUAAUGGUACUGCUGGGCUUCAUGUUGAACUACGCGUUGAGAGUCAACCUUACCAUCGCCAUCGUAGAAAUGAUCUAUGACAACAAAACAGAUGCAGCCGCCAUGGUUACCAACAUGACGGACACCAAUACCACAAACGUUACACAGCACCCAGAACACAUCGAACAAACCCGCUACCACUGGGACACGAAACAGAAGAAUCACCUCUUGGGCUCAUUCUUCUGGGGCUACGUACUUACAGAAGUACCAGGUGGUCGUCUGGCUGAAGUUAUAGGCGCGCGGCGGGUCUUCGGUUACAGCACUCUCUUAGCUAGUAUCCUAACACUAUUGUCGCCCGCCGCUGCUUCAGCCGGUUUUGGUUGGAUCGUGGCUCUAAGAGUCCUUCUGGGAUUCUUCCUGGGAGCCACAUGGCCAGCUAUACUGCCCAUGGCGUCCAAAUGGAUCCCGCCCAUGGACAGAUCGAAAUUCAUGUCGAACAUGAUGGCGUCGUCCCUGGGCGCGGCCAUCACGAUGCCCAUCUGUGGUUUCCUUAUCGCGCACUUCGGGUGGGAGUCGGCGUUUUAUUUCACUGGUAUAAUCGGUGUGAUGUGGUCCCUGGCGUGGUUCGCCGUAGUGUACGACUCUCCUCACCAACACCCUCGCAUCUCCGACACUGAAAGGAACGCGCUCAUGAAGGCGCUGCCUCAGGACACCAGCCAGCCGAACCAGCCAGUUCCGUGGAGGUCCCUGCUGACGUCACCCCCGGUGUGGGCCAUCGUGGUCACACACGGCGCCUCUGUGUUCGGGUACUUCACCGUCGUCAACCAACUACCCACGUACAUAGAGUCCAUACUACACUACGAUAUCAAACACAACGGUCUUCUAUCAUCUUUACCGUACCUGGGCAAGUACCUGUGCGCCCUCGCCUCAUCUGUAUUAGCGGACUCAUUAAGACGAAGUGGAAAGCUCUCCACGACUGCAGCUAGGAAGCUAUUCACUGGAUUCGCUGUGGGACUACCUGGUGUGAUGAUGGUGAUGCAGGCGUACUUCGGCUACGAGCGUGUGUGGUCCAUCGCUAUAUUCACGGCCGCUCUCACUAUCAACGGGGCUGUAACAGCUGGCUACCUUGGAAACGGACUUGACAUCGCACCCAAAUUUAGCGGUACUAUUUUCGGUAUAGCAAAUACUUUAUCUUCAUUCGGUGGCUGGCUGUCCACAUUCAUGGUCGGAGAACUCACUAAGCAUGAGAACACGUACGAGCAAUGGCAGAUAGUAUUCUUCAUCUUAGCGGGGACGUACGCGUGUGGGGCGCUGGUGUUCUUAAUUUUCGGCUCCGGAGAGCUGCAGCCCUGGAGCAAGCCGGUCGUUAAGGAACUCACUCCAUUGAGAGAACAACAGGCUUAG